AGCGAGGAAGGGGCUCCCCUGAGGGCACUUAGGGCUCCAGCCUCGCUUGAGGCCGGCGGGGCAGUUAUCCAGGGUCCCCACCCUCCUCCUAGGCGUUGGGCCUUUCCUGGGUUCCCCUCAGCGCCCUCUGGCGCUCUUUGCCGCCGCCUCCCUCAACCUUCCCCUCACGCCCAUCUUCUCCUUUAGCCUGUGCUGGAUUUACCUCAGCAAACUCCCGUCCACGGACUCAUAGCAUCGUAGAGUUGGGAGGGAUCCCAGGGGUCAUCUAGUCCAGCCCGCUGCGAUACAGGAAUCUCGACUAAAGCAUCCCUGACAUAUUGCCAUCCAUCAGGGGAUUCUCCCCCCUCAUUCUCCGUUAGAAAUAUUUAAUUAUUAUUUAUUUAUUUGUUAAAUUAUUUAUUAAACCCUUCACUCAAAGAUCGCAGUGUGGUUCACACCCGCCCGCACAUAUCUUGAAGGUUGGAAGUUUCAUAUCAUUCUUCCUCCCUCCUCUCCUCGGAAACCACAAACUUCCAAGCGAAAUCAUGUUUAAUUUACUCUCUUCCUUUAUCCCCUCUCCCCCAGCCCCAUAGUCAUCCUUUUUUUCUUUUCCCUCUUAAAUUUAAAACUAGGUCUUUUUCUUCUCCCCUCAAGAAAUCACACUGGCAUUUUAAAACAGUAUGUUUUCUUUCCUCCUGCCCAUGAUACUCUUGGGUGUCCAUUAUAGGUCAUGCGUGGAGUAGCCCCAUUGAAAUCAAUGGGCACAGGCAAGGCGUAGUUGGAUACAGCCCCUGGAUUUGAUUUUUUCCCCUUCCUCAGAAACUGUUAUUUGUUUCCCCCCUUCCUCUUCUGCUCCCAUAAAUUAAACGAAUACAGGCAGGACUCUGCUUAUGCUGGAGGUUACAAUCCAGAGGGGUAGCAAGUAAAGCCAAAAUAGUGUAUAGUCAAAACACAUUGGGUGCAAUGGCAGAGUUUAGUUGUUUACUGCAGCCAGAUCUGUGUCCUUGGCAGCUGCAUUUCAACCUUCCCAGACAUCCUGAUAUCCUGUUUUGUCUCUGGACUUCACCAAGGCCCACAGCACCCAGUUUGCUUUGGGACUUGAACAUUCCAUGGCAAUGGCAUCCCCUCCGGCUCCGCCGGCUAAAAAGCGGAAAAUGAACUUCUCGGAGCGAGAAGUGGAGAUAAUUGUGGAGGAGCUUGAGCGGAGCAAGCACCUACUGAUCAACCACUUCAAUGCUGGUGUACCACUGGCUGCUAAGGCUGCUGCUUGGCACAACAUACUACGCCGUGUUAAUGCUGUUGCUACCUGCCGCCGGGAGCUGCCUGAAGUCAAGAAAAAAUGGUCUGAUCUCAAGACGGAGGUGCGACGCAAGGUGGCACAGGUCCGGGCUGCAAUGGAAGGAGGUGGUGAUGGCCAGGAUGGAGGUGUUGAGGGCCAAGAUGCUGAAGAUCCAUUAGGAGUCACAGCUGCUCCAGUUAUUCUAACUCCCAUGCAGCAGCGCAUCUGUAACUUGCUGGGGGAAGCCACCAUUAUUAGCCUGCCUGCUGGAGACUGCACUUCAGAUGGAUCAGAGAUACCUAUUACUGCUGCAGCCACAACAGUCACCCUUACUCAGAUUCCAGCUGAGACAACAUACCAUAGUUUGGAGGAUGGUGUUGUGGAGUACUGCACAACAGAAGCUCCGACCACAGUCACUGCCGAGGCCCCCUUAGAGAUGAUGGCUCAACAAGCAGAAGUCUCUGUGAAGCCUCAGGAACUGAAGAGCCGCAUUGCCCUGAACUCAGCCAAGCUCCUGCAGGAGCAGCGAGUGACCAAUCUCCACAUGAAAGAGAUGGCCCAGAACAUCGAGCAGCAAAAUGACCUCUUGCAGAUGAUCCGCCGCUCUCAGGAAGUACAGGCAUGUGCACAGGAGCGCCAAGCCCAGGCCAUGGAAGGGAUGCAGGCUGCUCUGAAUGCUCUUGUGCAGAUCCUUCGCCCCAUGAUUAAGGACUUCCGUCGGUUUUUACAGAGCAAUGCUCCUGCUCCUUAAGUGGCCUCAGACCCCAGCAGAGCAGCCCAAAACGGACAGUAUGGCAUCAUUCAAUGAAAUAAAAUGGACAGUAUGGCAUCAGUGAAAUAAAAUGGACAAAAUGGCAUCAUUCAGUGAAAUAAAAUGGACAAGAUGGCAUCAUGCAAUGAAGUGAAGCCUUCCAGGCACAGCCUUGAUCAAGAGAAUGAGCAGGGUAUUUCUUUGUAUUUGACAGUGUCUGCAAACUGAUUCAGUGCCUGCCUUUUUUUUUUGGCUGAAAACCUAUUCUGGAUUAUUUCUGCUCUUGCUUUUUAUUUUUUAAAAUGUGUGCACCGUUUCUAGAUGUGGCCUGCAUAGUGCAUAUGUGACAAAUGCGUAAUUUAACAUUGGACUUUCAAAAUUGGGAAAAUAGAUUUUAUAUAAAAGAGAAA